AUGGCAUUUAAUUUUAAUUCAAAAAGUAUCUCGGCGCAGUCGAUUUGUCGUAAGGGAGAGUGGCGAUUGCACCUCUUGGCCACGGAUUGUGGAGUUCCACCACGCAGUGCCAGUGCCGAAUUGACGGUGAUCGUAGAUGCUUCCCCACCCUACCAAACCUCGAUUCCCAGUUCUGAAAGUGCUAGAAACUCGGAACAAGUCAGAGAUUCAGCCUUGAUUGGAACCUCAGGUGAGAAACUAACAAACUUCUUGUAUAUCAGCCUGUAA